GAUGGGAUGGGAUGUUGCAGGCGGCUGCAGACUCGCAGUCAGCAGGCACUUUCCAGACGAUGAUGGCGAUGCGCCGUGGCCUCCGGGGGUUCUUUCGUCUUUUUCUUCUUCUUCUUUUUCUUCUUCUUCUUCCUCUUCUCUCAGUCUGACGAGGCUCUCUAGAGCUUGAGUGGCAGCGCUGAUGUCAAGUGGGUGACCCAACUCUUUGGACUCUUACAACACAACCAAAAAGAGACGGCAACAUUCCCAUUCUAGAUACAAAUAUAUUCGGGCAAGAAGCGGCGCGCCGUCAAACGGUGACACGACAAGGGAUCUACCCCCAAAUUCUUGUCAUGACCAAGCGCGCACGUCUCGCAAGAGAACAGCAACAGCUCCGCACCUCACUUCCGCAACGCAUACACUGAGCGAGCGUCCUCGAGACUCGAGGUACAGUGAGGUAUAUCUCUACAUACACCACUGACUUGCACAGAGCCUUGCCUUGUGCUCAUAGGCCGCCGACGGUAUAAUAUGUAAGCUCUUCAGCAUCCAGAGUGGCCGCGACUACAUCGACCUCUUCGAAAACACCGCUCACGCAACGCAUCACCAGGCGAGCAAGAUGCAAGAAAGCGUGACAGACAAAGAAACUCACCUCAUAUGGGACUGCCGCCGGGCGCGGCCAACGCUUCCAAGUGACCGCACCACUACAGCUUGCGCAGUGCUUGGACCAAACCAAGCAAGGUUGGAGGAAUACGACGCCGACAUGAGUAGCGCCAGACGCUAUGCCGCUCUAAGCAUCCGGAUUCAUCCAGUGUCCACCAUGAGCCCACGAGUUGACGAGCCCCAGAGAGACCAAAAGAGGUAGCAGAUAACGGCGCUGCGCCGUGAGAUGCGGUCAAUGAGAUCCUCGGCCAACCCAAAAUUCUCCCAGCCGCAGCCGCAGCCGCACGCCUACUCCACCGUCCUCAAACGCUGCACGCUUACCGUUUUCAGACAUGGGCAUGGUUAUGAGAAGCUGCCGAUGAUGGAGACGGGCAUUUGCUGUGGGAAAGCCCUGGAAUGACGCGUUGUAGUGUACAUGGGAGUUAGA